UGGUGUUUGACUUUUUCAAAUGAAAGAGAGGAAGUUAACUCACUCAGGGUAACUCGGGAGGGGGAAGCAGGGGGGGGGGGUAAUCUCGGGUACCUGAAACCACACAAAUGGGGCCUUGUUUUGCACCCCCACCCCCCCAGUGAGUUUUAUAAAUUUAAUUAUAAAAUAACAUGGGAAAACACACCUCAGAAUUUCAUUUAGUCUAAAUCACAGUAACAUGAUCAUCAACGAACCUAAAAAUAUUUCGGAUAGUGAUCCAUACAUGGGGCAAAUUUGCAAAUGCAUAGGAAUUGGGAAUUGGGAACUUCAAUUGUUCAGUUAGUUUGUAAUAAAGAGAACUCAACUAAUGGCGACAAAAAAUUGUACUAAAGGAGAACAGCUCCCUUAGCAUUUCAUGUAACCUUUACAUACCAAAGAUCCUGCCCACUUUGAUUCCAAUUCUUCAAUUUUAAGCUGAAAAACCUCCCCAAUGUGCAAUGGCCUGUCGCUAAAAACCAUUCCAUGGUCGUAGGUAUCACCUUCUCUUACAGCUCUCUGAUUGCCAUUGGUGAGUGUUAUGUUACGUCCAUGCCUUUCGUGGAAACCUAUAACCCAUUUCUCAGGAAGAACAGGCAUUAAUAUCUUUUGUCUUGUUAUAAGUGCGUCGCAAAAAACUUUAAAAUCUUCCCUCCGGACCAGCUGGACAUAUCGACAGAGGACGCUGUACGAGUGGCCCUUAGAGGACUGGGUACAAUAUUAAUGACGUCAUAAUGAAAAUCAUAAGUUUAUAUUUAUUUUUUCCUUUCAUCUUCUUUUUAAAUGGAAAAAUAUGAUUCUUUGAUGUGGAAAAUCUGGCAAUCUAUUAAUACAAUUAGGAGAAAAUGGAAAGAAGACAAAAAUGUUCUUGAAUUGCUGGCAUCCAUUCGUCGGGACAGCGCAUGCUCAGAACGUAAAACAAAGAUGGCGGACAGAGCGGAGGAAGAGGAUGAAGUAUUUGAAAUAACAGAUUUUACAACUUCAUCUGAAUGGGAAAGGUUUGCUGCGAGACUCGAGCACCUUCUCAUUGAGUGGAAGUUAGAUGGCUCAAACAGAAAGUCAGCUUCCUCAAAAUUAAUUAUAUAUGAAAGAGAAGGAAUUUGGGGUGUAAUCUCUGAUAGAGUAGCCUUUGGUAAUUUUAAUUUUGUUGUGGCGUACCAUCAUCUGAGGACAAGAAAGAAGCCUGCAAGGAAUACUACCAAGCAAACAGAAGGUUUAGAGGAUGGUUUGCCUGACGGAAUGAUGGAAAUGUUUGACAUGGAAUUCGAUUUUCCACCACGGACACACUGUCUAAGUAGAUGGUAUGGUGUAAAGGAAUUUCUUGUUAUUCAUCCAGCUGAGGAUACUGAAGCUGUCGAUAGUGAAUCCAAGUGUCAUCUUCUUCUUAGUUCCAUUGGGAUUGCUGCCACUAACUCCAAAUGCACAGUUCCCAUGUUUGCCCAAGUUCUUCAGCGAUGGAGAAAGAUUUACAUUGGACUCUGUAUUGGAGGCGGAUUUCGCACAGUAUUUGAGAUUUCUCACCUGCGUCAUGUCCCUGCUCAAUACAGACAUUUAGCUGGACUUCUUGAAAUCUUCAAGGACAAAUUGGCGUGUCCAAUUUCUCCUGUCCCGCCUGUCACAUUAACUGUUCGUUUUACUUACAUACUGGAUGAGUGGACAGAUUAUGCCUGGCCACAAGAGCCCUCUGAUAUGUCUUCAAGUUUGGACUGUAAAGUCGGAGUAAACAACCCGGGAACUUUACCUUUUGGGGCAUGUCAAGAUCCAAUAAGGUAUGGUGUAAAGGAAUUUCUUGUUAUUCAUCCAGCUGAGGAUACUGAAGCUGUCGAUAGUGAAUCCAAGUGUCAUCUUCUUCUUAGUUCCAUUGGGAUUGCUGCCACUAACUCCAAAUGCACAGUUCCCAUGUUUGCCCAAGUUCUUCAGCGAUGGAGAAAGAUUUACAUUGGACUCUGUAUUGGAGGCGGAUUUCGCACAGUAUUUGAGAUUUCUCACCUGCGUCAUGUCCCUGCUCAAUACAGACAUUUAGCUGGACUUCUUGAAAUCUUCAAGGACAAAUUGGCGUGUCCAAUUUCUCCUGUCCCACCUGUCACAUUAACUGUUCGUUUUACUUACAUACUGGAUGAGUGGACAGAUUAUGCCUGGCCACAAGAGCCCCCUGAUCUGUCGUCAUGUUUGGAGUGUAAAGUCGGAAUGCUUAACUGCUGUAUCGAGAGAAAACGGCUUUCCAAGAUUCGAGCAGCAAGCCUACAGUUUUCAACUAACGUCAACAAAACCUCCGAAACAAGAACUAAAAGCAACGAUUCAAAUUCAGAAAAUGUAGGCUUACGUAAAAGUAGUUCUAACGCUCAAAUGGAAAGUUUAGAAUCGCAGUCGAGUUUUUCGGAUGAUGACGAAUUUUUCGAAGCCGUUGAAAGCCAAGAUGAAGUUGACAAAGACAGUAGAAGCAAUGCAGAGGAUGUAAAAAAUACAAAAAGGACAGAUAAUGACUUGAAUGAAGAUAACAUUGAUAAUAAUUCGUUAGUAUUUAGAAGAGAAGGAGCCAAAGAACCAUUUGGGGAUUUAAAACUUCUCGUUUCUGGAGAACCGCUCUUAGUUCCAAUCACUCAGAAACGACUCUUUGACGAAACUAAGGAAGCUGAGAAGGUGUUGCACUUUCUCGCUGGUCUCAAGCCUGCUCAAGUCGCUUUCCAGUUGUUUCCUGUGUUGCUUCACGCGUCAGUUCUUCGUAUAGAGACAACGGGUGCACGAGACAUCCCUGCGGUGUCAUCUGUUCUGGACGAAGUACUUAGCAACGCCAGCAAGUUAUCUUGGGAAAUGCCACGAGAUUUGCCUCGUUGUGAGGAAUUUGUAAAACAACUGAAGCUGUCAGAACUGGCAAUUGCUCGUGCCCAUUCGUUGCGCUUCAAAUUUCAAGAUGCACUCUCGGAAAAAGGAAGAGACAAGGACGUUGAACAAUUCUUGUCGGCUUUGACAGAAAAACCGGAAGUGGAAGUUAUUGGUGCCGGUAGAGGACCAGCUGGAAGAGUAAUCCACCGACUGUUCGCUAAACAAGAGGUUUCGUUUAUCACAGGUUUCAUCUUUUCCCCCGCUUCUCCUCCAUUCCAAGACUUCCCACCCCCUACCGGUCGGGAGUACAUUUUGAGAACAACAAUUCCCCGUCCCCGACCCUCGUCACGUUCUUGUCCGCAAAGAAUGUAUUGUGUGCUGACCAAUGACGAUUUCAGACUUGCAGGCGCAUUUACCGAUGAUGUCAUUUUCCAAUGACACAAAACGACUGAGAAUCGAUUAAAACUCAAUAUUAUUUAUGCUCCCUCCCCGGAUCAGAGAACCCACGGCCUCUUCUUACCAUCAGUUAACCAGUCACUCGACACUAAAGGCUUGAUAUCCUUCUCACUGAUUUUCAUACGUUUCCUUUGAUCUUUAGUUCUGAGAAUUUUUCGUUACAUCUUGACUAAUUGUUUUUCCUUGUUCUCGUUACUUGUCUUGUUAGGUUAUUAGUAUUGCAAGUAGAAUUUAGAAGUUGAUAAUUCGGUCUGGCUUCAGCUUGUUAACUUUCCGUUCCUAGCGUUAAACCUUGAGUCAGUUUUUUAACCUGGAGUCGAUUAAUGUAGUGACAAGUCUGUAGAUGAAACUCUAAUGAGACCAAUUAUUGAGCAGUA